CUGCGGCUCCGUGGCCCCCAGGGCCUGUCACCCACACCUUCCAGGUAGAAAAAUAAAGCUUCUCGAUGGAUCCCUUCCAAAUGUGGUGUUUUUUCUACAAACUCUGUGCCUCAACUGCUGUUGCUAAGUGAUAUUUUGAGCCCAAAGAGCCAAGAACAGCCUCUUACUUCCUGGCCUUUGCAGAUGAGAUACACAGCUGAAGCCAUUGAUUUGAACCUUGGAUGAUUAACACCUAAAUGCUCAAGUCUCCCAACUGUUCAAGAGGCGCACAGCCAAGAUUAGAUGAGCCGGGGUACCACUAAGAAAGGCCUGGCGUGGGGGAUACGCGUCGGCUCCAGUCAGCAGAGUAAGUAAGUGCUGCACUUCUGCCCCCUUUCACUCCCCCGGGCGGGGGAAGAGUGCCAUCAUGUCAAACAUUACCAUCGACCCGGAUGUCAAGCCUGGCGAAUAUGUCAUCAAGAGCCUCUUUGCCGAGUUUGCUAUUCAAGCGGAAAAGAAAAUUGAAGUCGUAAUGGCUGAACCCUUGGAAAAACUGUUGUCCAGAUCUCUUCAGAGGGGCGAAGACCUUCAGUUUGACCAGGUGGUAAGCUCUAUGAGCUCCAUAGCAGAGCACUGUCUCCCCUCCUUACUUCGCACCUUGUUUGAUUGGUACCGACGCCAGAAUGGAGCUGAAGAUGAAUCCUACGAGUAUAGACCCCGAUCUAGCACAAAAUCAAAGGGGGAUGAGCAGCAACGUGAAAGAGAUUAUCUUCUUGAGAGGCGGGACCUAGCCGUCGAUUUCAUUUUUUGUUUAGUGUUAGUGGAAGUUCUAAAGCAGAUUCCUGUGCAUCCCGUGCCUGAUCCUUUAGUUCACGAAGUUCUAAACUUAGCUUUCAAGCACUUUAAACAUAAGGAAGGAUAUUCGGGAACCAACACCGGGAACGUGCACAUUAUCGCAGAUUUGUAUGCGGAGGUGAUCGGGGUUCUUGCCCAAUCAAAGUUUCAGGCCGUGAGGAAGAAGUUUGUGACAGAGUUAAAAGAGCUGCGACAAAAGGAGCAAAGCCCACACGUGGUACAAAGUGUCAUCAGCUUGAUCAUGGGGAUGAAAUUUUUCCGAGUGAAAAUGUAUCCUGUGGAAGAUUUUGAAGCGUCGUUUCAGUUUAUGCAGGAAUGUGCUCAGUAUUUUUUAGAAGUAAAAGAUAAAGAUAUAAAACAUGCACUUGCCGGUUUAUUUGUGGAGAUCCUUAUCCCUGUCGCUGCUGCUGUUAAAAACGAAGUGAACGUGCCCUGUUUGAAAACCUUUGUGGAGAUGCUUUACCAGACGACCUUUGACCUGAGCUCCCGGAAGAAGCACUCAUUGGCUUUGUAUCCACUAAUUACCUGCCUUCUUUGUGUCAGUCAGAAACAGUUUUUUUUAAAUAACUGGCAUAUUUUCCUACAGAACUGUUUGUCACAUUUAAAGAUGCCAUCUAACAACAGUAUCAGAAAACAAAUAGAAACACUCCAGAAUAAAGAUCCUAAAAUGUCUCGAGUUGCACUGGAAUCUUUGUAUAGGUUGUUGUGGGUUUAUGUAAUUAGAAUAAAAUGUGAAAGCAACACUGUAACUCAAAGUCGUCUUAUGAGUAUAGUGUCAGCACUUUUCCCAAAAGGUUCACGUAGUGUGGUUCCUCGUGAUACACCCCUGAAUAUAUUUGUGAAGAUUAUUCAGUUCAUUGCUCAGGAACGUUUGGAUUUUGCAAUGAAAGAAAUAAUAUUUGAUCUUCUUAGUGUUGGAAAAUCUACAAAAACUUUCACCAUCAACCCAGAGAGAAUGAACAUAGGCCUCAGGGUGUUCCUUGUAAUCGCGGACAGUUUGCAACAGAAGGAUGGAGAACCACCCAUGCCAACAACAGGAGUUAUUCUUCCCUCAGGAAAUACUCUACGUGUAAAGAAAAUCUUUCUCAAUAAAACCUUGACAGAUGAGGAAGCAAAGGUCAUAGGAAUGUCUGUUUAUUACCCUCAAGUGAGAAAAGCUUUAGAUAGCAUCCUCAGGCAUUUGGACAAAGAAGUUGGGAGGCCAAUGUGUAUGACCAGUGUGCAGAUGUCUAAUAAGGAGCCUGAAGAUAUGAUUACGGGGGAAAGAAAACCCAAAAUUGAUUUGUUUAGAACAUGUAUUGCUGCUAUUCCACGAUUGAUUCCCGAUGGCAUGAGCAGAACGGAUCUCAUUGAACUGUUAGCAAGGCUCACAAUUCAUAUGGAUGAAGAACUGCGUGCUCUGGCUUUCAAUACUCUGCAGGCACUAAUGCUUGAUUUUCCAGAUUGGCGGGAGGAUGUUCUUUCAGGAUUUGUUUAUUUCAUUGUUCGAGAAGUGACUGAUGUCCACCCCACGCUUCUUGAUAAUGCCGUCAAGAUGUUGGUGCAAUUGAUAAAUCAAUGGAAGCAAGCAGCCCAGAUGCAUAACAAGAACCAGGACUCCCAGCAUGGUGUAGCCGAUGGAGCCGCUCCUCCUCCUCCUCUGGAGAGGAGUCUGAAUUCCAGCGUGUUCCACGUCGUCGAAGGGUUUGCCCUGGUCAUUCUCUGCAGCACUCGGGCUGCCACGAGGAGGUUAGCUGUCAGUGUCCUUAGAGAAAUACGGACGUUAUUUGCACUUUUGGAAAUACCUAAGGGUGAUGAUCAAUUAGCCAUAGAUGUGAUGGACAGAUUGAGCCCCUCCAUUCUGGAGAGCUUCAUACAUCUCACGGGGGCCGACCAGACGACACUGCUGUAUUGCCCUCGCUCAAUAGAUUUGCAAACAUUAGCAGAGUGGAACUCUUCCCCAAUCAGCCACCAGUUUGAUGUGGUCAGUCCAUCACACAUAUGGAUAUUUGCACAUGUGACCCAAGGACAAGACCCCUGGAUUAUCAGUCUCUCCAGUUUUUUAAAGCAAGAAAACCUCCCCAAACACUGUCCUACAGCCGUGAGCUAUGCUUGGAUGUUUGCAUACAUGAGGCUUCAGUUGCUGUCCCCACAGGUGGAUAUAAAUAGCCCCAUCAAUGCUAAGAAAGUAAAUGCAACCACAAGUAGUGACUCAUACAUCGGCCUGUGGAGAAAUUACCUGAUUCUUUGCUGCAGUGCGGCAACAUCCACCCCCUAUUCAGCAUCUACAGGUUCAGUGAGGUGCUCUCCGCCCGAGACGCUGGCGUCCACCCCUGAUAGCGGCUGUAGCAUUGACUCUAAAAUUAUUGGCAUCCCGUCCCCUUCGUCCCUGUUUAAGCACAUAGUUCCAAUGAUGCGCUCUGAGAGCAUGGAAAUCACUGAGUCCCUUGUUCUAGGCCUUGGCAGGACCAACCCGGGAGCUUUCAGGGAACUAAUAGAGGAAUUGCAUCCCAUAAUUAAAGAAGCACUUGAAAGAAGGCCAGAGAACAUGAAGCGGCGCCGGCGCCGGGAUAUUUUACGAGUACAGCUGGUACGAAUAUUUGAACUGUUGGCAGAUGCUGGUGUCAUUAGUCACAGUGCAAGUGGUGGCCUCGACCAUGAGACGCAUUUCCUCAACAACACGUUGCUGGAGUAUGUAGACUUAACCAGACAGCUCCUGGAGGCCGAAAACGAGAAAGACCCCGACACCCUGAGGGACACACGUUGCCAUUUCAGUGCCUUAGUGGCGAGCAUCAUUCAGAACGUCCCAGUGCACCAGAGAAGAAGUAUUUUUCCUCAACAAAGCCUUCGUCACAGUCUGUUUAUGCUGUUCAGUCACUGGGCUGGUCCUUUUAGCAUCAUGUUUACGCCUUUGGACAGAUACAGCGAUAGGAAUAUGCAAAUUAAUAGACAUCAAUACUGUGCAUUAAAGGCUAUGUCUGCUGUCCUCUGUUGCGGCCCUGUCGCAGAUAAUGUGGGCCUUUCAUCCGAUGGCUAUUUGUACAAGUGGUUGGAUAACAUUUUGGACUCUCUGGACACAAAGGUCCAUCAGCUGGGCUGUGAAGCGGUCACCUUACUGCUGGAGCUGAACCCUGAUCAGAGCAACCUGAUGUACUGGGCGGUGGAUCGCUGUUACACUGGCUCUAAGAGGGUGGCCGCCGGCUGCUUUAAGGCCAUCGCCAACGUGUUCCAGAACAGGGAUUAUCAGUGUGACCCAGUGAUGCUCCUAAAUCUGAUACUGUUUAAAGCAGCCGACUCGUCCAGAAGUAUCUAUGAAGUGGCCAUGCAGCUCCUGCAGAUACUGGAACCGAAGAUGUUUCGCUAUGCCCACAAACUGGAGGUCCAGAGAACCGAUGGCGUGCUCAGCCAGCUCUCGCCUCUGCCGCACCUCUACUCCGUGUCUUACUGCCAGCUGUCAGAGGAGUUAGCCAGGGCGUAUCCCGAGCUCACUCUCGCCAUGUUCUCAGAGAUAAGCCAGAGGAUCCAGACGGCGCAGCCGGCCGGGCGGCAGGUGAUGCUGCACUACCUGCUACCGUGGAUGAACAACAUGGAGCUGGUGGACUUGAAGCCUCUGCCCACGGCACGGCGGCCUGAUGGCGGCGACGGCGACGACGGGGACGCACUGAAAGACCCGGAGCUCAUGGUGACCAGCAGGCGCUGGUUACGGGGAGAAGGCUGGGGGUCCCCGCAAGCCACCGCGAUGGUUUUGAACAAUCUGAUGUACAUGACAGCCAAGUACGGCGAUGAGCUGGCCUGGUCGGAGGUGGAGAAUGUGUGGACCACACUCGCAGAUGGCUGGCCCAAAAACUUGAAGAUAAUUUUGCACUUUUUGAUUAGCAUCUGUGGAGUGAACAGUGAACCAAGCCUCUUGCCUUACGUGAAGAAGGUCAUCGUGUACUUGGGCCGAGAUAAAACCAUGCAGUUGCUGGAAGAACUGGUGGGCGAACUACAGCUGACGGACCCCGUCAGUUCUGGAGUCACCCACAUGGAUAACCCCCCGUAUUAUCGCAUCACCUCCAGUUACAAAAUCCCUUCUGUCACCUCAGGUACUACUUCCAGCAGCGAUACAAUGGUAGCUCCCAUGGAUGGCAAUCCCGACCCCAAGCCCAUAAAGGAGAGCAUUGAAGAGAGCUAUGUGCACCUGGACCUCUACAGUGGACUAAACAGCCAUUUAAACCGCCAGCACCACAGACUGGAAUCCCGAUACAGCAGCAGCUCUGGGGGAUCUUAUGAAGAAGAAAAAAGUGAUUCAAUGCCACUUUAUUCUCACUGGCGCCUGAAAGUGAUGGAGCAUAAUCAAGGAGAGCCAUUACCCUUCCCACCAGCUGGAGGCUGCUGGUCGCCACUGGUGGAUUACUUGCCUGAAACGUCAUCACCAGGAUUACCUCUUCACAGGUGUAACAUAGCCGUGAUUCUCUUGACUGAUCUCAUCAUUGAUCAUAGUGUGAAGGUGGAAUGGGGAAGCUACCUCCAUCUUCUUCUUCAUGCAAUUUUUAUAGGGCUUGACCACUGGCACCCUGAGGUAUAUGAACAUUGUAAGCGCCUGCUUCUGCAUUUACUGAUAGUGAUGGGAUCCAACAGUAACGUCCGGACUGCUGCUUCUGUCCUUCUCAGGAACAAGGAGUUUAAUGAGCCCAGGGUGCUGACUGUCAAACACGUGGCACACUUAGAUUCCUCUUUCACAGGUGUGAAUGAUUUUAUACCCGAUUACCAGCCCUCCCCCAUGACUGACUCAGGGCUUAGCUCAAGUUCUACCUCUUCUAGUAUCAGCUUAGGAAAUAGCAGCGCUGCCAUGUCACACCUGCACGCCACGCUCCUCAAUGAGGCGGACAUCUCAGUGGAGCAGGAUGGGAAAGUGAAAGGCCUCAUGGAGUUCAUUACCUCAAGAAAAAGAGGGCCGCUCUGGAGCCACGAGGACGUCUCCGCCAAGACCCCGAGCAUCAGGAGCGCCGAGCAGCUCACUGCGUUCCUGAAGCACGUGGUGGCCGUGUUUAAGCAGUCGAGCGCAGAAGGAGGUCACCUGGAGCAUCACCUCAGCGAGGUGGCCCUGCAGACAGCACUGUCCUGCUCUUCUCGACACUACGCCGGGCGGUCGUUCCAGAUUUUCAGGGCCCUGAAGCAGCCCCUUUCUGCAGCCACACUUUCCGAUGUCCUCUCCAGACUCGUGGAGACGGUGGGGGACCCAGGAGAAGAUGCCCAGGGUUUCGUGAUCGAGCUUCUGCUGACAUUGGAGUCUGCAAUCGACACUUUGGCCGAGACCAUGAAGCAUUAUGAUCUCCUUUCUGCACUUUCUCAAACCUCAUACCAUGACCCUAUCAUGGGAAACAAGUAUGCAGCUAACAGGAAAAGCACUGGACAACUCAAUCUAAGCACAAGUCCCAUGAAUAGUAGCAGGGAUUUGGGAUAUAACAGUAAUGCAAGAAGUAACUCUUUGAGAUUAAGUUCGAUCGGUGAGCGGCGAGGUGACCGGCAGCGGAGUCACACACUGGAUAUAAUGGACGGACGGAUAAGCCACAGCACUAGUUUAGCGAGGACUAGAAGCCUUUCCUCCCUGCGAGAGAAAGGAAUGUAUGACGUGCAUGCCACUACUGAGCCCACCAACCUGAUGGCCACCGUCUUCUGGAUCGCAGCCUCGCUGUUGGAAUCGGAUUAUGAGUACGAAUACCUCCUGGCUCUGAGGCUUCUCAACAAACUGCUUGUCCACUUGCCUUUGGACAAGUCAGAGAGCCGGGAGAAGAUUGAAACCGUCCAAAGCAAACUGAAAUGGAAGAACUUCCCGGGCCUUCAGCGGCUCUUCCUGAAGGGCUUCACCUCCGUCUCGACCCAAGAAAUGACCGUGCACCUGCUCAGCAAACUCAUCGCUGUCUCCAAGCACACGCUGGUGGACCCCUCCCAGCUGUCAGGCUUUCCUCUUAACAUCCUUUGCUUAUUGCCUCACUUAAUCCAGCAUUUUGACAGCCCAACUCAGUUUUGCAAAGAAACAGCUAGUCGAAUAGCAAAGGUGUGUGCAGAAGAAAAGUGCCCCACCCUGGUCAACCUGGCUCACAUGAUGAGCUUGUACAGCACACACACGUAUUCCCGAGACUGCUCAAACUGGAUCAACGUCGUGUGUAGAUACCUGCAUGACUCCUUCUCAGACGCCACCUUUAGCCUUGUGACUUACCUUGCAGAGUUGUUGGAGAAAGGGUUGUCCAGCAUGCAGCAGUCAUUACUGCAGAUCAUCUACAGUCUUCUGAGCCACAUUGACCUCGCGGCUGCCCCAGUCAAGCAGUUUAACCUGGAGAUCAUAAAGAUUAUUGGCAAAUAUGUACAGAGUCCUUACUGGAAGGAAGCCCUCAACAUCCUAAAGCUGGUGGUGUCUCGCUCCGCAAGUCUUGUCGUGCCCAAUGACGUCCCCAAGACCUACGGAGGGGAUAUAGGUUCUCCAGAGAUCUCCUUCACGAAAAUUUUUAAUAAUGUCUCCAAAGAGUUGCCUGGGAAGACCUUAGAUUUUCAUUUUGAUAUAUCUGAGACACCCAUCAUUGGAAACAAAUACGGGGACCAGCACAGUGCAGCCGGGAGAAACGGGAAACCGAAAGUCAUCGCCGUCACUCGAAGCACUUCGUCAACGUCUUCAGGCUCCAAUUCUAAUGCCUUGGUUCCCGUGAGCUGGAAGAGGCCGCAGUUGUCACAGCGGCGAACAAGAGAAAAGCUAAUGAACGUCCUAUCCCUGUGCGGUCCAGAGUCUGGCCUCCCGAAGAAUCCGUCUGUGGUAUUUUCUUCCAACGAGGAUUUGGAAGUAGGGGACCAGCAGACCAGCCUAAUUGCUGCGCCAGAAGACAUCAUCCAGGAGGAAGAGGUCGCGGUGGAAGACAGCAGCAGCGAGCAGCAGUUUGGCGUUUUCAAGGAUUUUGACUUUUUAGAUGUGGAACUGGAAGAUGCAGAGGAGCUGCAGGGAGAGAGCAUGGACAAUUUCAACUGGGGAGUGCGCAGGCGCUCGCUGGACAGCAUCGACAAAGGGGACACGCCGUCCCUGCAGGAGUACCAGUGCUCCAGCAGCACCCCCAGCCUGAACCUGACGAACCAGGAGGAUACGGACGAGUCCUCGGAAGAAGAAGCGGCGCUCACCGCCAGCCAGAUCCUGUCCCGCACACAAAUGCUAAACAGUGACUCGGUCACGGACGAGACCCUGCCUGACCAUCCCGAUUCACUUCUGCAGUCGCAAGACUCCGCCAGCAGUGCCACCACAGAGGACGUACUUCCAAUCAGAGGAGAGACCCCAAGCGUGGAGCCUUCUCUAGAUAACGCUAACAGCCAGCUGCCUGAGGAUAUGAGUCCCCGAUUAAAAGAGGAACAGGCUAUUACAGGCUUUGAAGAUGAGGGGUCCUAUCUACUGCAAGAGCAGCAGGACUCUCUGGUGGGCCCGGGAAUUCUUGAUUUAGAAGAAACAGAAAUGCCAGAUCCUCUGGCAUCCGAGAGCUACCCUGGGUCAAUCUGUGAAGAGGACGUGACCUUAGCUUUGAAAGAGCUCGACGAACGGUGUGAAGAAGAGGAAGCCGACUUCUCCGGACUGUCUAGUCAAGAGGAAGACGAGCAGGAUGGUUUUCCCGAGGUCCAGACGUCCCCUCUCCCGUCCCCGUUCCUCUCUGCCAUCAUAGCCGCCUUCCAGCCAGCCGCGUGCGACGACGAGGAAGAAGCCUGGCGCUGCCACGUCAACCAGAUGCUGUCGGACACAGACGGCUCCUGCGCAGUCUUCACCUUCCAUGUGUUUGCCAGGCUCUUUCAGACAAUUCAAAGGAAGUUUGGAGACAUAACCACGGAGGCCAUCGGCUGUCUGGGCGGGAGUCUGCAGCGCAUUGGUACCAAAUUUAAAAGUUCCUUGGAGGUGAUGAUGAUGUGUUCCGAAUGCCCCACUGUCUUUGUGGAUGCUGAGACGCUCAUGUCGUGUGGCUUAUUGGAAACACUCAAGUUCAGUGUCCUGGAGUUGCAAGAGCACCUGGAUACGUACAAUGCCAAGAGAGAAGCAGCCGAGCAGUGGUUAGACAACUGUAAGAGGACGUUUCGUGCCAAAGAAGACACAUAUAGGCUGAACACAGAUGCACAGCAAAUGGAAUUUCUAGCAGAAGUGGAGCUCUGCCGGAGGCUAUACAAACUGCACUUUCAAUUGCUGCUUCUGUUCCAGGCCUACUGUAAACUCAUCAACCACGUGAACACAGUCAGAAAUGAAGCAGAGGUCAUCAACAUGUCAGAGGAGCUGGCCCAGCUUGAAAGUAUCCUCAAAGAAGCCGAGGCUGCUUCUGAACACGAAGACAUGGACGUUUCCACAGCCGCCCAAACGACAAUAGAGGCUGCCAUCCAUUCUUUAAUUGAAACCUUGAAGAACAGGGAAUUUGUAUCAGCUGUCGCACAGGUCAAAGCUUUCAGGUCUCUCUGGCCCAAUGACAUAUUUGGCGGCUGUGAAGAUGAUCCUGUGCGGACGCUGUUACACAUCUAUUUCCAUCAUCAGACACUGGGCCAGACAGGAAGCUUCGCCAUUAUAGGCUCUAACCAGGACAUGUCAGAAGCCAACUACAAACUGAUGGAACUGAAUCUAGAAAUACGAGAGUCUCUACGCACGGUGCAGUCUUACCAACUUCUAUCCCUGGCCAAGCCCAUCGGAAACCUGGUGAGCACUGGGUUCUGAGGGGCUUCAGGCACCGAGGAGGAAGGAAGUGAUCCUGGAGAGGAGAGGACGACGGCAGAUAUUAACCAAGCACCUUUUCGAACGCUCACCACUCAGCUGGACCUUCCUCUGGCAGUGCCCCCACUACAUGUUGUAACUAAUGCCAAGUUGUACCAGCUAAAUAAGUCAAGGAACGUCAGAGACAAAGACCGGAAGGUGAAAAUACCAUUUCUUUAUUUAACAGCUGCCAAUACCUCCCACAAUAACUGCCGGAAGAGUGGAUUUUUUUUCUUUUUCUUUUUGACUGACUUACCCUAGGUGGAAAGAAAAGGGCUAAAAGUGUUGCAUUACACACCCACUGCUUUCUGGAGACAGAGAAGCGUUCCAGGGGAGUUUGCAAUAAUGGCCUCUCCUCCGGAGACACUGGGAAGCAGGUGACAUGAGGCUGAAAUCAAGGCUGCUUGGUUUCACUGAAGACCUGCAGAGCCGCUGGGCUCCUGGCCAGCGGCGUGGCCACCGUCGAAGCCUCCUCAUGACGGGCGUGAUGAGCAUCCAGCCAGGUGGAGAUGGACAGGAGAAAAAAAGACUUGUUUGCAAAAACCAUUGAUUUUUUUUUUUUUCUUCCAACAUGCGGAACUAAGGGUUGGGGUUUUUCUGUUUUGUUGUGUUUUGGAGUCUGUGUAAGGAAUUCCGUGUGUGUGAGAGUUGGGUGUAUGGGUUCGUGACAGUCGUAUUUUCCAGGUGUGGAUGUGUGGUGACGACAUCCUCCUCCCACCCCACCCCACCCCCACCUUCAGCAUGCCUCAGAGCACUGCAAGAUUAUUUUUGAAAAAAAGUUUUAUUUUAUUAGCUCUAACUCUUCAUAGUGUGUACAUGUUAGAACAUUUUAAUAAUAUUCUAAGGCUGGGCUUCCCCAGGACUUUCAA